AUGAAGCUUUUCAUCGUAUCACUAUUCCUGCUAUUGUUAUUGUCUUUCGUCACUUGCGCUGAAAGAAUUAGCCCUUUGCGGGAUACCAAACAUAUCAAAGAUCGAAAACAUAUCGAAGAACACUUAAAAGAACAAGUCAACGUUAAAGAAGAGAAGCUCGAUGACGAAAAUAUGGUUAUGCAUUAUUUCAAGUUACAUGAUACUGAUAACAAUGGUAAACUUGAUGGCUUAGAAAUUUUUAAAGCUAUGUCGGAUUACACAAAUCAUAACGAUGAAAAAUUUGACGACGCAAAAUUUGCAGAAUGGAUAGAUCGAGCCCUAGAAGAUGAUGAUAGAAAUGGAGAUGGUUAUAUUGAUUAUGCGGAGUAUAUGUUGGCCUAUAAUUCAUAA